AUAUAUCUAGUAUUUAUUAUUUUGGAUAAUUGAGAUAUUUUUUCUUCUAAGAAGCAUGGCGACCACCUGCAUUUUCCUUCCCUCCACUCCCAACUUCUCCCAUUCCUCAAGCAGGAGCACCUCCGCCGUGACCCGCUCGUCCCUCACAGACCAGUCCCAGUCCCCCGCCGCCGCGGCCAAGCGUCGCCUCCUCAGCCUCAUCUCCGGCCAAGAGCGCGGCCUCAAGACGCAAUCCAAUCCCCAGAUGCUUUCCCAAAUAGUCGACGCCAUCGACUCCCUGGCCGCCGUCGGGCUCGGUAGCGUCACCACAGACGAAUCGUUGUCGGCCACGUGGCGCAUGCUCUGGACCACAGAGAAGGAGCAGCUCUUCAUUAUUAAAAACGCACCGAUUUUCGGCAGCGCCGCCGGCGAUGUGCUGCAGGUGAUCGAUGUGGAGAAGAAGACUCUCAACAACGUCAUCACGUUUCCUCCCGACGGAGUCUUCUUCGUUCGGUCCGAUAUUCAGGUUGCUUCGGCUCAAAGAGUCAAUUUCCAAUUUACAAGUGCAGUUCUGCGGGGUAAGGGUUGGGAGUUUCCUCUGCCUCCGUUUGGUCAGGGUUGGUUUGAAUCAUUAUACAUUGAUGAUGAAAUUCGGGUGGUGAAAGACAUCAGAAAAGAUUAUUUAGUUGUUGAGCGUGCUCCCUAUUCUUGGAAAGAAUGAUCGUGAGAGACUGCUACAUCUCUGUCCAGUUCCAAACUUAUGAAGAUGCACAAAUUAUUUUAAGAUGGAAAAGAAGGAAGGUCUCCUGGGAUUCGCUCUAUUGCUGGACCUACAUCUCAGUUGCACAGGCCCAAGCAUGGUUUGAAUUUUGAAACUUGCCUUUCUAAAAUCUUAUCUGCUAUAUAUGGUCUAUGAUUGCAUAUCUAGGCAGUUACAGGAAGCUCCCACUACAUAUAACAUUUAAAUAUUUUGUGUGGCUCACAUGGUUGCUAUCAUGCCACCCUGUGAAAUAAUGUUAGCAUUUCAGUAGUUUUACUUUUCAGGGUUAAUCAUGCUUUGUAUCCCCAACUUUUAACAUUUUCUACAAAAUACCCGUAAUUUUCAUUUUCUCUUCAAAAUCUCGUAACUUUCAGCAUCUUGCACAAAAUGUUCCAAACUUUUCGUUUUCUAUAUAUUAAAUCAUUAAUUCCUAACUUUCAAUGUUUUUAAAAAAUGUCCCAUGAUACAAAAAUUCGACGAUGGAAUGAUGAGCCACCACCAUAUUUUUAGUUGGAACGACAUUGAUUUAUUGGGUGAGGUGGAAAAAAAAUAUCUCACCUACAAAUUUGGCAAAAUAACUCAUCAUUCUGUUGUGUGCUGUCGCAUUUUAUAUAGUGAGAUAUUUUUUCGAAAACGAAAAAAAACUGGGGGUAUUUUGAUAAAAAACGAAAGUUGGAGAUAUAUUUUGAAAAACGCUGAAAAUAAGUGAAAGUUGGGGAUUUUGAAGAGAAAAUAAAAAUUGAGACUAUUGAAACACACUAAAAGUUGAAGAUACAAAAUAUACUUAACUCUACAUUUAAUUAAUUUGUACAAAGUCAUUAAUUCAUCAGCUCUUGUUCCUUGGUUUUAGGAAAGUGGAUAUACAUCAAUUAAAACACAGCUAGCUCAAAAGCAGUUGCAGAGCUAUGUGGUCAUGCGUAUCUAUUUCCUGAUUUAACUCUUUGACAUAACAUUCAAGGAGCCUUUACUUUUAAGAACUAGGCUUGAUAUAUAUGUAACUUUGGGAUAUUUAAAUGCCUUUGAUUAUUUCUAUCAUUUGAGAUAGUUUUGCU